AAGCUUGAGAACUGCAAAUUAUUUGAAGAUACGAACAAAGAACUUGCAGGACUGAGCACCGUCGUACCAUCACCGUCGAUAGAGACUCCCAUCGGAACCACCGCCCCGUCGUACCAUCACCGUCGAUAGAGACUCCCAUCGGAACCACCGCCGCUUACAAAUGAACAAUUAGUUUCUGCGGCAUCAUAAGCAUUAAGUUUGUAAUUAAGGCAAGUUGGAAUAACCCAUUAUGGAAAACGAAUGGAGUACGUCUAUUCUGUUUUGAAGGCUCAACAACUAGAAGGAGUUCCACCAUUUAUGCAUAUCAGACAAAAUGAAUUUUUGGGCCGAAAACACAUAAAACUAAAAGAAGAGGAUAUUGCUGUCUGUGAAUGCAAGUAUGAUGCCUCUAAUCCUGAAAGUGCAUGUGGCGAAAGAUGUCUGAAUGUGCUAACCAGCACAGAGUGCACACCAGGAUACUGCCCUUGUGGUGAGCAUUGCAUGAAUCAGAAAUUUCAAAAAUGUGAAUAUGCAAAAACAAUGUUGUUUCAAACUCAAGGGCGUGGUUGGGGUCUUCUAGCAGAUCAGAACAUGAAGGCUGGACGAUUCAUUAUUGAGUAUUGCGGAGAAGUAAUAUCAUCAGAAAAGGCAAGGCAAAGAUCCCAAACUUAUGAGACUCAAGGUCUUAAGGAUGCAUAUAUAAUCUGUCUGGAUGCGAAUUACUUCAUUGAUGCCACAAAGAAAGGAAGCGUUGCAAGAUUUAUAAAUCAUUCUUGUCAACCAAAUUGCGAAACAAGAAAAUGGACAGUGUUAGGGGAGACAAGAGUUGGAAUAUUUGCAAAGAAUGAUAUAGCUGUUGGAACUGAACUGGCUUACGAUUAUAAUUUUGAAUGGUAUGGCGGGGCCACUGUUCGGUGUCUGUGUGGGUCAACUAACUGUUCUUUAUUUCUUGGUGCAAAGUCUCAUGGUUUUCAGGAGUAUAACCAUGUUUGGGAGGACGGAGAUGCCAGGUACACCGUUGAAAAUGUUCCACUCUACGACUCCGCCGAGGAUGAUUCCUUUCCAGCACCUGCUUGCUCAACAAUCCCUGUGAAACACGAACCUGUAUCGAAUUACUCAGCUCUAAUGGAAAAUAAUUCGGGAUCUGAAAUUAAGUUAGAAACCGCGUCCGUUAUGGAAUCAUCCAACUAUUCAGUUGUUAGCUUGCAAGAUUUGGCCGGGAAACCAGUGGCAACUGAAAGGAACAAAGAAGCUGAACAUGGUCCGGAAAACAGCAGACAAGUGUUUCCUCAGACAAAUCCUAUGAUACCUCGUAUCCGAAGUAAUACUGCAUGUCGUAAUUACGGCACUGGACCGAGUCCUUCCUCCUCAAAGAAAAGACCACAGCACACUACGAAUCAAAAGAAGAAACCCCCUGCCAAGAAAUACGUCAGUUCCAAACCCGUUGCUGAACUAUUUGCUUCAAAGAGAGUACAAGAGGAAAUAAAAAAAUACGAGGAAGUUAAGAAUCAGGUCACGUCGGAGCUGAAUUCAUUGUACGAUGAAAUUCGUCCGGCGAUAGAAGAGCACGAGAGGGAUAGCCAGGAUAACGUGUCGACCGCUGUAGCAGAGAAGUGGAUCGAAGCUACAUGUUCUAAGUGGAAAGCUGAGUUUGACUUCCAUUUUUCGAUUAUCAAGAAUGUCAUGUGCCCUACUCCCGGUACAGCCGGAGACGAAGCAAAGCCGCCUUCUGGAGAUGGAGAAGAGAACAAAAUCAAGUAUUUAACAAAUUAAUUACUUUUUUCUAUCCUUACCUUCAACUGUUAUUUUAUUUAUGUUUUAAUUUUUUUUAAUACCCAUUUUACUCUUAUGACUAAUUUCAAUUAUGGAUUAAUUGUAUUUUUUUUCUUUCUUGUUUUUGGGG